AUGGCUUCCGGCUCUGGGUCCUCCAACAGCCGCUCGAUGGAGUCUCGCACAGGGCGUAGCAAGCAACGUUACAACUCGAAAGGUGAACGAUUGGUUGCUGGCGUAGUGCCCCUCACCGAAGAUAAGAACUAUGUCCUCCUCAUCCAGUCGACGAGAAGAAAAGGCUGGGUGCUCCCCAAGGGAGGAUGGGAGUCGGACGAGGAGAUCACCGAGGCCGCCGCGCGUGAGGCCUGGGAAGAGGCAGGCAUAUCCAUACAGAUCGACUACGAUCUCGGAGAUAUAGCCGAGUCGCGGCCCCCAAAGAAGUCCUCCAAGGACUCGUCCAAGUCCCUGUAUCGCUUCUACGAGGCGACAGUGCUCAAGGAGGAGCUCGACUGGCCCGAGAAGCACAAGCGCGAACGCCAGUGGUUCACCUACUCACAGGCCAAGGAAGCUUUGUCUUCUCGCCCCGAGCUCUUGGAGGCUCUUACCCGGUCAACCAUGAAGCGGUAG